AUGUAUUUCUCAUUGACUACCUCAACAGUUGCUCUGGGUGACAUGAGCUCGAUAAGAAGCUCGUGGUCAUUGUUGAUUGCGCAGUCCAGUGGUGUUAAGCCUCCCGUCCAGUACAUUCAGCAAAGAAAAGUCCGUACCGAGCAGAAAAGCAAAUGUGCUUAUAGAUCCGUUGGUCGAAGCUAUGUGGAAGGGGCUGCGGCCCCUGUCAUCAGGCACACUGAGUAA